AAUUAUUUUAUCUACCCUCUAAUAUAUUACCGGAGUACUUCGUAAGACAUUACGGUAUUUAAAUAAUUUAUUUUUAAUUGUUUACAAAAUAUUUGAACGUGAGUCGAACCAGCCCGAGAAGCCUGCAUGUACUGGUACGGGCUGGGCUUGGACUUCAAUUAUUAAGCCGCGAUGCGCACCGGGCCAGGCUCGAGGCUAAGAAAUUCUCAUAAUAUAGCCUCUGGCCCGAACUUUGAUGGUCGAGGUCUAAAUAUUACUCGGUUUUGAAAAUAGACGGUGGAGAUGAAGGUGGAGAUGGAUUGCAGUGUGUGCAAGCGGAGGGCAAGAAGGACAAUGCAGAAAAUGAAAGGUGUGGUAUAUGUCGAUGUCGAUGCAGACCAGCUGAAGGUGACGGUGAUGGGGUACGUGGACCCCGAAAAGGUUUUGGACAAGAUGAGGCGUACGACGGGGAUGAAGGCAGAGUACUGGCGGCCAGAGACGGCGGGGAACCGCAUGCCCGUCAACGGCAACAAUCCAACGGGCUCAACCCUUGCAUAUGCAAAUUCUUCUGAUUUCAUGGCAGUCACAACCUUUAGUGAUGAGAACCCUAAUGCUUGUGCAACAAUGUGAUAUGUAUAAAUGUUAGGGGGAGAAAAUAAGUUAAGGUUUUAAUAAUCAUAUGUAUGGCAGUAUCAUAAUGUAAGAUUAUAUCCCAAUAAAGUGACAUUUUGAUCCUGUGCAUAUUGUGUUUGAACCCAUCAUGAGUAUGGUAGAAUCAUAAUGAAACAUUUAUUUUUUGUAUAAAUAUAUUUAUUAACAAUUAAAGAGUUAUAUUGAACUCUGUUAACAGACAAAUAGAAAAACUAAAUUGUAAUUUGGGGG